UGCAUUCUGGCUCAGUUCCCUGUAGUAAGGAACUGACCACAUUACUAUUUGCAAACACAGGGUUCACUCAAGUGGUACUAAAAAGAGAAGAGGUGGGGCAAGCAGAGCUUUAAAAAGAAAAGAGGAGUCUGUCUAAGUUUGUAUGUAAAAAGCAACUGCAUAUUGGAGAAGGACGGUACCUGGAGAUCUCGCUCCCUGUACUCCACUGAGGGCUGUGGUGAACAGUUUUCUAAAUUCACUGCUUUUAAGAUUUAAACAGCAGUUUUGCUUGUUGUGAGGAAAUUUGCAGUGAUCCUUGCGAGCAUUGCUUUUAAGCUGUGUUAAAUUUGUGGCAAGAGUGUCAGGCAUUUCAUACUUGGCUUCCAGGAAAAAAAAAAAAAGAAACAAACGAGAGAGAGAAAAAAACCGACGUGUGUGGGGAAGAAAUCUCCCAGGAAUUUCCUCAAGGUUGUAGUCAGACACAGUAAGGGCUAAAGUGACAAGAAAAGCAAGGCAAAGAUAAAACUUGGUAUUGUGAUAAGAUGUCUGAGUGUAAAGUGGGAGAUUGCAGAAACCUUUUGGGAUUACACAUGCUCAUCUUGUCCUGGAUAUGACUGAAUACAAACUAGUUUUUCUCUAGUGACAGUUCAAAAACCCCUCAAGAUUAUGUUUCUCUUGCUUGUUGCUUUUUUGCCAGUGGUUUUUAAAAUUGGUUUUGUCAGCCUCUCAGCUCUGCAGCACUGGAACUGUCCUAAUGGAUACAGACUGAAGACUGAAAACUCUUCUUGUAUAGAUAUCGAUGAAUGCCUUGAAGGCGGUUUGGGAACCUGUGGCCAAACCUGUGUCAAUGUUCCAGGGUCCUACAUCUGCUCCUGUUUGCCCGGCUACACUUUGGAUAUUGACAAAUGGUCUUGCUAUGUGAACGACCCUGCACCAUUCCUCCUUUUUAGCCAUGGAAAUGGCAUCUUUAGAAUUGACACUGAAGGGACCAAUCAUGAAAGAUUGGUAGCUGAUACUGGUCAGUCAACGCUUAUGGAUUUUCAUUAUACAGAAGAGAAAGUGUAUUGGGUAGACUCUGAUAGGCGACUACUUCAAAGAAUUCAGCUGAAUGGCACAAAACGAGAGAGACUAUGUUACAUAGACAAAGGCAUUUCAGGAUUUGCUAUUGACUGGAUAAAUCAAGACAUUCUCUGGGUCAACAGACAGAAAGCAACCAUAGAAGCAACAGACAUGAAUGGGAAGAAACGCCGAGUUCUUCUAAGAGAUGUUGGUCGUCCCACAAGGAUUACCAUUGAUGCUGAGCAAAGGCUAUUAUUUUGGUCUUCAGAUGGUACAGUUUCCAGCAUACACCGAGUGUCCCUCAGUGGAAGUGAUGUGAGAAAUGUUUUAAGAACCACAGAAAAAAUAAAGGCCAUCUCACUAGAUUUGGUUGACACAAGGCUCUACUGGAUCCAACAUGACCAUGGAAAAGAGAUUUCCCAUAUUGGAUCAUGCGAUUAUGAUGGCGGAGCUGUUCGUUUGCUCAAAAAUUCUGUCCGACAUCAAUUGCUUGGUAUGUCUCUCUUUGCCGAGCACCUGUACUAUUCAGAGUUGAAAUCUGGUAUGAUAUGGAGAGCCAGCAAGUAUACUGGAAAAGUUGUAGUCACAAUUAGCCUGAAGCCAUCAUUUUUUCCACCAGUGGAGAUAAAAGUGGUGCAUCCCUUUAAACAGCCAGGUGCAAGAACAGAUUCUCAGGAUUUUGAAAAAGGAACCUGUGAUUUGAACAAAGAAAAGUGCAGAAGAAGAAUCUGCAGGCCUGACUCAAGGACUCAUCGGUGUAAAUGUUCUAGUGGCUUUAUUUUAAGUCGAAAUAAACAGUUUUGUGAAGAUAUCAACGAAUGCGGCUUCUGGAAUCAUGGCUGUACUUUGGGCUGCGUGAACAUCCCUGGUUCCUAUUACUGCACCUGCCCGAGAGGUUUUGUUCUGCUGCCUGAUAGGAAAACAUGUCACGAGCUAAUUUCCUGUACAAGUAACGACACCGAAUGUAGCCAUGGUUGCCUUCAAACAUCUAAAGGGCCUGUUUGCUUUUGUCCUGAAGGAUCUGUACUCAAAAUGGAUGGCAAAGCAUGCACUGGUUGUACAUCUCCAGAUAAUGGUGGCUGUAGUCAGAUAUGUUCUUCUUUAAGCCCAUCGUCCUGGGAGUGUGCUUGUUUUCCUGGAUAUAAGCUUCAGCGAGACAGAAAGCACUGCACUGCUAUAGGUCCUAAGCCAUUUUUGUUAUUUGCAAAUGGCCAAGAUAUCCGCCAGAUCAGUUUUGAUGGCACAGAUUAUGCAAGUUUACUUGACUGGCAGAUGGGAAUAGUCUUAGCACUGGACUUUGACCCAGGGGAAAAUAAGAUUUACUUUGCCCAUACCGCCUUGAAAUGGAUAGAACGAGCUAAUCUGGAUGGCUCAAAUCGUGAAAAAGUUAUUCGUGACGCUAUAGAUAUACCCGAAGGCCUUGCUGUGGACUGGAUUAACCGUAAAUUGUAUUGGACAGACAGAGGGAAGGCAUGCAUCGAAAGGAGCAAUCUGAAUGGAAUGCAAAGAAAAAUGAUCAUCUGGGAGGAUGUCUCCCAGCCCCGGGGGAUUGCCAUUCACCCAUUUGCUAAGAGAUUAUUCUGGACUGACAUGGGGGUCAGUCCCCGGAUUGACAGCUCUUCAUUAGAAGGCAUCGAUCGCCAGGUUAUAGCCAGCACUGGUCUGGUGUGGCCCAGUGGAAUAACUCUCGACUACUUAGCCGACAAGAUGUACUGGUGUGAUGCUAAGCAGUCGGUGAUUGAGAGCGCAAACCUGGACGGUUCUGGUCGUCGAAUUCUUGCACAGAAUGAUGUAGGCCACCCUUUUGAUGUAGCGGUGUUUGAGGAUCACCUUUGGUUUUCUGACUGGGCUAGGCCAUCACUAAUGAGGGCGGACAAGAAGACCGGCCAAAACAGGGUACGUCUUCGAGGCAGCAUGCUGAGACCCUCAUCAAUGGUUGUAGUUCAUCCUUUGGCGAAACCAGGGGCAAAUCCUUGCCUUUACGAGAAUGGAGGCUGUGAUCAGAUCUGUGAAAACAAUUUUGGAGUCGCCCAUUGCAUGUGCCAUCCAGGAUUUGGGAAAACUCAAGAUGGAAAAAACUGUCGUGCUCUGGAUGCUUCCAACACAACAGCAGGAAGUGUCUCUGUGCACAAGGAGGUAGUGCUGAUGCCAACACCAGAGACCUUGCUCCGGAGCACACAAAACAGUGGGAUAUUCAAGAAUAUGGACAGUGGGGAAAAGCAGAAAAUCAGCAUUUUGUUGAUGGCUGAAAUCAUGGUAUCAGAUCAAGAUGACUGCACUGCGCUAGAAUGUGAUGUCAAUGCACAGUGUGUUUUGCUGGAAGAUGGUGCUAUGUGCCAGUGUUUGAAAGGAUUUACCAGGAAGGGGAAAUCAUGCUAUGAUGUUGAUGAGUGUGCUGUAAAUAUGGACCGUUGUAAUCGAAACGUGUCGGGCUGUAUCAAUACGGAAGGGGGCUACGUCUGUAAAUGCCUGGAGGGCUACACUGGAGACGGAGUCCAUUGCUACGAUAUUGAUGAGUGCAAGACGGGGUCCCACAGCUGUGGAGAGAACAUAACCUGCACAAAUACAGAAGGAAACUUCACUUGCUCGUGUGCUGAUGGUGCUUCUGGAACUGGCAUAGGUUGCAAAUCUACUGUGUCCCCCACUGUUGUCAGCAAUGAAUACUCUACACGCCCUGUGCAAGGCGAUUCUGUAGGAUGCCCUCCUUCGUACGAGUCAUACUGCCUCCAUGGUGGAGUGUGCAAUUAUGUUUCUGAUCUACAAGACUAUGCCUGCAACUGUGUGACGGGCUACGUCGGGGAGCGAUGCCAGUUCAGCGAUCUGGAGUGGUGGGAGCAGCAGCACGCCAAGCGGGUGAAGAUGCGGAACAUCACCAUUGCAGUGUGCGUAGCAGUGCUGGUCCUCCUGCUCCUGCUGGGCUCCCUGGCCGCCUACUGCCACAGAAGUCAAAACUUGUAUAAGAAGAAUCUCUAUGCAGAAGCGAUAAGAGAUGCCAGCAGCCGCGCUGACAAUGAGAACGUGACACCUACUAGCAACAAGUCUCGGUUUGCGGUUGUUAAGGAGUGUAACAGUUCUCUGGAGACUAAAGCGGUUGAUCUAAUUGAGUGUGAGACAACAGAUCCUCAUCCUGCCUGUCCUUCAGAAUAUGUGGAAGAACAGCCUAUAACAUACAUCAAAGCAGCAGAGACUUUUGCAGAAGAGGAGAAAGAACAAGGCUGUCGACAAGAGGUUCCUGUUGGUGAGAAAUCGCAUCAGCCCAUGGGAGCAGCGAAAGGCCCUUCCCAGGCUCCCUGGAGCAUCCACCCCAAGCCCCCGCUGGAAAGGGAGCCCUGCGAGCUUGCCCCAGCCAGCCUGCUGAUGCAGCCAGACUAGAAGCAGCCUGGGUUUGAGUGGGAAAAGGAGGAAGGAUGAAGUCAGUAGAGAACGGGAACUCAUGAAACACUGAAGCAACCCUCAUUUUUUCAUUAAAAUCUGCUUUAGGAAAAAAAACACAAAUCAAAACAGAACAGAGAAGUCCUUGCCACUCCUUCCCUGUCAUCUCUGCUUGGAAGAAUUACUGUGAGCAAUGUAUCAGCAAUGAGUACGCUAUAAGUAUCACUUCAAGGGUCACCGCUGCUAACUUCAUUAACUGCCUGCUAAAAGGACACUGAAGGGAAAACAGACUAGUGGGUGAUUUGUCAGAAAUAAGUAUUUUCUAAUGGAGUUUAUUGCAAGUAGUUUUCUUUACACAUACACAGAGUACAGAAAACUGCCUUGAAAAUGGGCCACAAACACAACUGCAGAGAAACUGGAAUGAGAGAUGAUGCAGGAAAAUGAGUUAAAAACGAAUCUUUUUAUUAAAAUAUUGUUCAUGGACAAUUUAAGCCUCUCCCCAGCACUGCUGUCAGGCCAGUGUAACUUCUUGGACUUCACCAGAGGUAUUCUUGUAUCUGCUUCUGUAAGUGAGCACCAAAUGGCGUCUUGCAUUUCUCAGAUUUGGUGGGCUGGAGGAUUGUUUGUGAACAUAUGGUAUUAAUGAUGGUCACAUCUAUUGAGGGGUAACAUUUGAGGGGAAAGGUGAUUCUUCCAUUAAAUUUUCCAGUCUACAGUGGUCCUUCAGAGCACAGGAUUGUUUCUGGACUGAGGCAAUGGGCCUGAGUCUGCUUUCAGCCCUGCGAGGAAGUAUGUGCUGGAGCUGUCCUUGCCUCACAGAAGCGUGGCUGGCAGCAAAACCUGGUCCAUUAUAUAGGACUUAGUGUGGGGAAAGGAGUCCAGCCAGUUGCUACUCCAAAAGAACAGGAGGAGUGGGACAAACAAAAAGCCGCCUCAGUUUGGACUAACUUCCACGUAACUGAUUUGUGCUGCCUGAUAAAAUCCAUGGGAUCAAUUGGAAAACAACACCAAUUUUUCUUGUAACUGGCUUUCUAAUAGCUACAGUUCCCUUCCAGUUAUUUACCAAGAACUAACUCACUUAUAAAGCUCUGUUGUAUGCAGACUUGUAGCUUAGUUGUUUAUCAUCUCAAGUGAUUUUCAUCACUGGUCUUGACUCCCUAAGGUUGUUUUCAGAAGGUUUGGGAAGAUAUCUGGAAAUCAGCUAUAUUACUAAUAAAGUUUUAAUUGUAGGGGAUCUCUCAGUCCUCUGCCUUUGAAGCCUACUACUAUAAUUGUUGGACACCUUCUUUAAACUCCGCUACAGUGCCCACCACUAGUGUUCCUUGUAAUUCAUUAGCUGGAUAAUAGUGACAAAUGUUAUUAAUUUGUGUGCUUACCAUCCUGCUUUUUGUUUUUUUAGAAUUCUGCCAGGAAGGUAUGGGAUGUUGUCAUUCGGUUACGAGGUCUGUAGGCCAAUGAUGGGAAAGAGUAUUGAAAGGCUCUUACCUCUGGCCCAAAACAGUUACAUACUUGAGUAACUCUGUGGAGUCAGUUCUGAUUUAUGUUGGUGUAAAUAGUAAGAACUCAAUAGUAUUUGAGCCCAAGGUGUCUGAAUUACAAUAAAUAUAAUGCUCUGUUGUG